CUGUGCCGGGCUUUCGGAAUUAAAGUAACGGCAACCAAUUUCACUGCACUGGGAUCACAUUUGGCUGCGGCCAAGGCAGGGUUCCGCACGGAUGUAGAAGUGACUAAUGGUGGUAUCCCUUCCAUCUGACUGCAAUCGUCGGUUUGUCAGUAAACAACCCAACAGAGGAAAUGUGAAGAAAGUUGCACUCAAAUGUGGAAACACGAAAUGCAGAUGCGGUUCUAUCAAAUAUGCCGAAAAGCGAAGAUCAGCUGAGCGGUUACAAACCUAAUUCAGUUGUAACGAAAUCAUAAGUGUAUUUACAAAUCAAUAAUGGAGUGGACACGGCCGGAACAACCAGUGAUUCCUCAAACGUGGUAUACUUUUAAGGCGAAAGACGUCGACAGUGAUCGAUUGAUAACGUACCGAGUCGAAGAUCUCACUGAGGAUCGCUUUGAUGAUGUGAUUCAACAUUACAUGGAAAAUUUUCUAGAUGACGAACCACUUUGUCAGAGUAAGAAAGUUUCGGAGGAUGAAUUGUCGCUAGCUGAAAUUCGUGGUUUCUGGCGAUGGUGUUUGAAUAAGCGAAUGACCAUUGCGUGUUACAAGAAAGGUUCUCGAGAAAUUGUUGGUGCUUAUCUUUUACAUGUUAAAGGAUCAAAGAAAUUGUUAGAUGCAAAAAUUCGAGGCGAGAAGCUAAAGGACAUUGUUGCCACCAACGAAUAUAUGACGGAUCAGUAUGACGUACAAAAACAGUAUGAUGUAGAAUAUUACCUAACUGCUUAUGGAUUAGCCAUCAAUCAACGAUACCGAGGACGGGAAAUUGCAACUGAAAUGCUGAAGGUUCGCGUUCCUCUGUGCCGGGCAUUUGGAAUUAAAGUAACGGCAACCAAUUUUACUGCCCUAGCAUCACAGUUGGCUGCGGCCAAGGUAGGGUUCCGAACGGAUUUAGAAGUGACGUACGAUGAUUUCGCAAAAAUGGGACCUCACUAUUUCUAUCCUGGAAUAAAAUCAAAAAGCUUGAAAUUAAUGAGCUUGAAAAUCGAAUAACAGAGUAAAAGACUAUUUAAAUCGAAUAUGGAAACUCAUUCUUUCAGAAAAGUAUCGAUCGAAUGGAAGAAAAGACUUCUGUCAACAAUAAAAUUACUCAAGUGUUUUAAGCAGUAUACCGAAAAGUAGUCGUAAAGUUUCAAAUGCAAAAAUUAAAACGAAACCAUUGAAAAAAUAAAACAUUAUAGCUUAUUGAAAUAACAGUACAUCAAAUAGUAGGAGGGUGGUAUCCAAGACACGACUGCAUAGUUGACGUAGGACUACGUUAGUUUUAAAAUUUAUUUUGAGACUACAUGCUUUGUUUGAUUUGAACACGUUUUACUUCGCACGGUUCGAUUUUGGCAAACAUGUGACAUCAAGAAUCUAGGUCGUGACCGGCCACAUCUGCCGUGAGCUGUGAUUUUGACGUAAGCGCCAGAAGCACAAAAUCGCUCCAGAGGCGUAAGUACGGUAUAUUUCGUAGAUUGCAGACUGGUGACUAACGCUUCCACUCGGAUUGUAUGAGGUACAAUGUUUGGGAGUAACAUUUAAACCAAUUUGAGAUGAAGAAGGCCCGAUAGUUAUCAUUGCUGGCCACGCCCAUCUUUACCGAAGCUUGGGGACAUAAGAAAGGAUAUUGAUGAUGUAAUACUUACUUAGUGAGAGGCCACCGACUCAGUAACAGUAACUCAGUUAUGCAGGAAGUUGUUGGCGUAAGAACUAUCUAUUAAAAUUCUAUUGAAAAAAACUGGCAAAAUUCCAUGCAUUCAAAGCCUUGAGAAUU